AUGUUUGGGAAAAGGUUUGCGUUUGUUAGAUUUUUUAAAGUGCAGGAUGAGAAACAACUUGAAUUGAAGCUUCGUGAUCUUUGGAUCGGCAGUUAUCAUGUUUUUGUUUCUUUGGCUAAGUUUGGAAGGGAGAAUAAUCAUGUGCAUGGGGAGUCACAGGUCCAUGUGCAUACUGUUGGUGGUGGUAGCAAUACUACCCAGAAAGUGACUUAUGCUAAUGUUGUGAAGGGUGGUAUUGUAAAACUGAAUAAAGCCGAGAAGUUGAUUAUUCUUGAUGCUGAAGAAGCAGGAGAAAUGACACCUAAGGGUAAACUUAAGUCUAUUGAUAUGGAAAAUGAUAAUUCAAUUGGCAUUGAGCAAGAGUAUGGUAAUAUCAAGGGGGCAAGUUUUGUAGAUCGGAAAGGCCGAUUUUUUCAAACAGAUCCUUUAAAAUUUGAUGCUCACAGGAGGAGCUCCAAUUCAGUGCCAAUAGAUGCUUCGGUGGGUGGUCCAAUUGAUGCUAAUGAUGAUCAGAUAGGUGAUGUUGGUUCUGGAACAGUGUCGGAUGUUCCAGUUGCUACAUUGGUAGGCCCUACGGUUGAGGAUAUGCAAGGGUUGGGUGAUGAUAAUGUUUCUAAUGACCCUCUUUCUCAGCCACCUGGUUUCAAGCGUGAUGUAGAGUUGAAUCCCGGGACUAGUAAAAUGAAGUCUAAUUUUGCUAGUUCCCAUGGUUCUUCGAGAUUGUUGAAAUAA